AUGGCUUGCUUUGCAAUCGAUGAUAUAGUAAUUCAAUUGAUUGCUAACAAAUUUGGUGUUUUGGCAUGCUUUGUUGCAGUAUUUACAUUUGCGUAUUGGAUGAUAUUAACACAGUGGCUUGCAACAAAGUUGAAACGUUUGCUACCUCGAAGGAUUUACCGUAAUGAAAUGGAUCAUCGAAUUGAGACUUUGGCUUUGGAGGUGAAGCAAAUAAAAUCAGAAAUGGGUGCACUUUCACCAACAGCUCAGUUUGCUGCCUAUUUUAGAAAGGAACGAGUUUUGAAUCAGUUAUCGGCUGAACUGAGUGCUUUAAUUAUGGAACGCGAGAAAAAUUCUGGCAUAGCAUCUACACUGUCAUUGGUUGUUAGUGGAAUAUUCGUGCAAUUGACAGCCGUUUUGCUAAUGUUUUAUUCUCGUAAUAUUAUAAUUGGAUAUAUUAAUUCUACGUAUUUUUGGCCAUUCAACUUUCUGCUCUAUAUUCCUAAUUUUUCGGUGCCGAUUAAUGGUAAUAACAUUACUGAAGGGACGCCUGUGACUCUUUUCUCAUUUCUUUCUCUUGUAGUAUUUGUUUGGCAGAAUGCAUUCUCACGAUCAAAUAGCGCGAAAUGGAAGAUAUUAUGA